AUGAUCGGCGACUUUGAGUACCUGCAACAGCGAGUGGCGCUCCAAGUGGACGUCCUCCAUCGGCACGUGACAGGCGUAGCUGAGGUAGUGCUUGCUCCACGAGCGUCAGAGCUUCGUGUGCUUCGUCUGCAUGCUCGGCAACUCAAGGUGCGGACCGUGCGCAUUGACGGGAUCUUGGCUCCGUUCGAGCAACUUAAUUUCUUGGACGACGUCGUGGACGAGAACUAUCGCGAUUUAGCCACGUUUGACCUCUUUUACCGUGGCGCGAUUGUGGCGUCGAAGGAAGGCGAGCUCAUUAUUGAACUCCCGAAGGGCCUGUUGUUUCUCGAAGAGGACGAGGUUGAUGAGGCUUCGAGCAACUUAAGUGAGCCACAGGUCCCUGAUGCGGCAACUGAAGAACCAGAUGGUGCCGAUUCAGUUCAUGGACAGAAGAUGGUGUUUGAUGACUGGGACAUUGACCGGCUCCCGAAGAGCUCGACGGGUUAUAAGCCAAUGAUCGUGAGGAUCGAGUACGAUAUCCAGGAGCCUACUGGCGGAUUGAGAUUCAUGCUCCCGGAUGAAGAGUAUCAACCCAAGAGGUUUCCUCACAUGUACACUUAUUGUGGACCUUUUGGAGGACUGUGUGAUGGUGCACGCACUUGGAUGCCGUGCCGGGAUACUUUGAGGGAUGCUUGCACGUUCCGGAUCGAGUUGACCGUGCCGGACUGGUGCGUGGCUGUUUGUAGUGGGCAAAUGGUACAGCAAGUGCUCAACCCGGAGAGCGACAGUGGUGGAGUACGAUGGCGAACGUUCAGAUACGUGGUGAACCCUAAGACCAACUGCUCGUCAAUUGGAUUUGCAGUAGGUCCUUUCCGACUAUACGUGCCGCCUGAAAUGCCUCUUAUGACGCAUUUCGCGCUGCCGGAGCAUUUUGAAGAUUUAGUGCAAUGCACGUCAAGGCUAGCUUCGACCAUGACGUAUUUUGAAACUGCAUUGGGAGCUUCGUACCCAUUCAAGACUUACCAGCAGGUGUUUGUGGAAGAUUUGCCGGAUCAGGUGCAGUAUAUAGCUGGUGGAGCCAUGCUGGACCAGAACCUGCUGCAUGGAGCGAAGAUUAUUGACCGCGAGUUGCUUUCGCAUUUGGCGCAAGUUAAGGGUCUAGUAGGUAGCUGGGUUGGCGGCGUUGUCGGCAUUCAAAGCACAAAGGACGCAUGGGUACUGAUUGGUGUGAUCGGUCAUCUUGUUAACACGUACGUGCGGUCGGUGUAUGGUGAAGAAGAGUAUGGCUACCGCAUCCAGCUUGCCCUGGAUGCAUUGACAACGAUGGAAUUGACGACGGAUCAGCAGUCACCUGCGUUGCUGUCUUCUGAGGUAGAUGUGUACUCGGAAUAUGACCCAACGUGUCUGACAUUGCUGGAAGUGAAGGCACCUCUCGUACUGCACAUGAUUGAGCAGCGCGUCGGUCCAAAGCACCUAAGCAUCGCUAUCCAGCGCGCAGUUUCUGGUGGGGCUGCAAGUGGAGUGACUACUAGUAACUCAAACACUGGAGGUGACGCCUCGACAAUGGGAGACGAUAACAAAGGUGAAGAGGCGAACAAGAUCGGUGAUGGCAAGAAAAAUGCUGGAGGUGAUGAUGAAGAAGAAGUGGGCGAUACCGUCGGCGUAGGUGAAAAAGCGGCGGGGGGUUCGGCCAUGUCUGAGCCUUUGACGACGCUGUCCUUUUUGAAGACAGUAAAAACAAUUGCAGGAGCAUCAGGCCAGGAUCUUACGAAGGCUUUUCUCUCUUCAUGGAUUAUCGAGCCUGGAAUGCCGUUCUUUACGGUAGGAUACUGGUAUAAUCGUAAGCAGACGCAAGCGGAAGUGGUGUUGCAGCAAGAGAUUUCUCCUGGUGGGAAGCUGUAUACAGGUCCAAUUACAAUUACUAUUGUGGAGGAUACGAGCGAGUACUCAUACCAGAAGCGCAUCGAGCACAAACGGCAUAAGUUUGAUUUCCCAUGCCACUCUAAGGUCCGAAAGAAACGACGGAAACGCCAGGGACUUGCAGAUCCGGACGACUCAGUGUCUGUGGGUGGCCCUGGUAUGGGUUUAAACGACACGCCUGUGUUCUGGGUGAAAAUCGACACAGGUUGUGCGUGGCUGCGGCACGUUGUGAUGCACCAACCGGACUUUAAUUGGAUGGAGCAGUUGUUGUCGGACAAAAAGGUUGGCUCACGUGUGCAUGCCGCACGUGCUCUUGCUCUGUUUCAUCGACCACAUGAAAAGCCCAAUGUGAUGUCGUGCCGAGUGCUAACGGAGUGUAUGAGUGGUCUGACGACUCACUCACGACGACUGCGCGCCGAAGCUGCUCGAUCACUCGGCAUUUGGCAAUCAAUUCAUGCACCGCUCACCAAUGCUAAUACGCAACUUCCAAUUUGGAAGGGGAUGCACAAUUUGGUGCGUAUCUUCAAGGAGCACUUUUUUGAUCGAGCGACCGAUAUGCCACUACCAAAUUACUUUCUGCCGUCCGGCGGGAAGGUUGUUUUGGAAGCUCUCGGAGCACAGCAAGCAUCAUUUUCUAGUAAGCAGAUCCAGGUGCAGGACUAUGCUGCCGGUGAGUACGAGAUCAAGAAGAGCAUUCCUAGGGCACUUGCGGUAGUUCGUGCUCAAAAUGGCAAGUCACCACCAGAGAUUGAGACGUUUCUGUUACAGCUGCUUACUGAAAACGACAACUCAAAGAAUUAUGUUGAAAUGGACGACCAGUCGCAAGUUGCUGACGACUGCUACUACAUUGGCAACCUAGUUUUGUCAUUGUCUGUUCUAAACGUUGACGGGCCGGCACGGUCAGAGGAUGGAGGUUCGCUUGUUGUUCGAGAGAUUUUGCGCUACCUGCAUUAUGAUCAAGUGCAGCCGAGUUACAACAAGACGAUCACUGUAUGCUGUCUAGAAGCAUUGUGUAAUUUGGUUUUAGCCGGACGGUGUGAGGAGAAGUUGGUGAAUUUUCGCUCGUUCGCUUCACCAAAACAUUUUAACACCGUUCGUAAAGUUGCGAUCGAAAGCAUCUUUCGCUUAUUUUUCGCUGAAGAUCCGGCUGGUCCGACUCGGGAUGUCGGUCCUUCAUCUACGGAAGUACACUUCACCAGCGUUUCCGGUGCAUACCAAAAGUCCGACCGAUCAUCAUCACGGGAUUCCUCAUCCAUGUUGGUAAACAAUUACGGGGCCACGACUGCCUUGUUGUGGUUAUGUCAAUUGUUAAAAUCCGAGGAAUCACCUGGCAUUCGCUUGUUCGCUGUGCAAGUUUGUCUUAACUGCAUGCGCGGGUUUCCGCCAGGUGUUGGACAAGAAGUUCUAGCUACUUGGGAUUACAGCAAUACAUUAAAGCUGAUGAACUACAUUGAGAUGAAAGAGCCGACAUCGUUUGUCCUUAAAAGCCCGGAGAAGGACCACAUCUCAGGGUUGUUCGAUCGCCCCGACCUAAGCAAGCUUCGUGAUGAUAGCAAGUCCGCCAAGUAUAUCGUUGAGGAGCUGUGGGGGUUGAUGAACACGACCGCUGCGACGGACCAGCGACUACGCGUGGCGCUCAUCGUCUUGUACCGAAAGAUUUGGGGUGAAACAACUCCCAUCUCAGUUGCUCACAUCGUUCAGGAUAAGGCUUCGCACUGGGCUGGCGGCUAUGAAAGCCUUCGACUCAUGAUGGAGGAUAGCAAGAACCGCACGCUGAUGAGCAGCUCGGGUCGUGGUGGCAAUAAUAGUGCUGCGCUUAACCGUUCGGACGCCAGCAGCGGGUUAAGCAGGAAAAACAAUGACGAGCGAAAGCGCGCUUUUUCGUCUAAUGCAAGCAAUCUAGGUGAUUCCUCGCUCGAGCAGUUCCGCGGUAAGAAGUUCAAGUUCAAAAUGGGCGAUACGACGUUCCGAUCGCACAAGCUGUAG